CACCCUUCAUUUCUGGUUGCAAUUUAACCGCCAUGGAACAGAUUAAACAUUUCUAUCGAAGACGCGACGGUUUUCACUGUUAUAUCUACCUGAUCAUGAGUAUCAUAGUGACUCUUAUGUUUAUCCAAUUUGCAUCAAUUUUUCAUGGCACAAUUUCAAGAGACGCAGAUUUGAAAGCGAAUGUUUAUACCAAAAAACAAAACCGUGAAGCCACGUUUAAGAAGUCUACAGUGACAUCGGACCAAGCGAAACAGGCUACUAUAGCAAAUAUCACGGAUAUUCUAGAAGAGAUACACAUACUUAAAGCAAUGUUGAAUAUAUCAACUAAAAAUAUAACGUUUAACGCCAAGAGAAAAGUGAUAACUAAAGAUGAAACAAUAAGUAUCUUGGGGGACGAGAAGAACGCGCUUGUUAUUCGCAACCAUAGCAACGGUAAAGUUGAUCUUCAAUGGCCGAAAGUGAAUGACUCCAGUUUUAUCCUGAAACAGCCGUCAAUUAACUGGUCACUUGUGCUUGACCAUAAACUGGUCAGGGCUGGAGGGAAACGACCGAACUACUGUCCACUUUGGCCGUCAGAACUCAUCGGGCAGAUGCCGCCAGAUACCUUCAUCCGGGAGACUGAGCUGCCGGAAGCAUACAGGAAGCAGGUUCAACAUGGCGGCCGCUUCCGGCCGAGUGAGUGCGAGCCCCGAGAACGCACGGCGAUCAUCAUACCUUACAGGGAUCGGGAGCAAAACCUCAAGGUACAACUUCGCCACCUGCAUAUGGUACUACAGAGACAGAACCUGGAGUACGGCAUAUAUGUGGUAGAAAUGGCGUUCCCGUCGCAGUUUAACCGCGGUUUGUUGGCGAACGUUGGCUUCCUGACGGCGUCCAGCGUGUCUAAGUACACGUGUUAUGUUAUCCAUGACGUUGACCUGCUUCAGAUGGACGACCGGAACCUGUACCGGUGUGGCCGCGUGCCACGACACCUAUCGGCCACCAACUCUAAGUUCAAACAGUUGCCGUACACGUCGUAUUUCGGCGGGGUGUCGGCUUUCAGCCCAGAGCAGCUGUGGCGCGUGAACGGCUACUCGAACCUGUACUUCGGCUGGGGAGGCGAGGAUGAUGACAUGGUCAUGAGAAUUUUCACAGCCGGUCUUCACAUUUCUCGCCCUAAGGCGCUGAUCGGGGGAUUCUGGGCGCUUGAGCAUGAACACGAUGCCGGCAAUCCGAAGAACCCGCACAGAUUCACUCUUGUCAAUUCGGCACCAGAGAGGAUGAAGAGCGAUGGGCUGCGAUCUGUUGCCUACAAACGCUUGGCACUGGAGUUCAAGCCUCUCUAUACCUGGGUCUAUAUCGGGGUCAAAGAAGCCCAAGUCAUGGAGAAAUUCGAAAGCUACCUUCAAGAUCCGCCACUUCAGGAGCAAAGACAAGAUAGUGAAACAUGAAAUAGGGAAACAUAAACCACAAAGUGACACCGGAACCCGGGAAGCAUAGACAACAUAGUGAAAUCUGAAGUCGGCAAAGACAGACAACAUUGCGAAACCUGAAGUAGGCAAACACAGACAACAUAGCGAAACCAGAAGUCGGCAAGCACAGACAAUAUAGCGUAACCUGAAUCCGGGAAGCAUAAACAACAUAGCGAAACCUGAAUCCGGAAAGCAUAAACAACAUAGCGAAACCUGAUGUCGGCAAACACAGACAACAUAGUGAAAUCUGAAGUCGGCAAACAUAGACAACAUACUGAAAACUGAAGUCGGGAAACAUAGGCAACAUAGUGUCACCUGAAGUCGGAAAGCAUACACAACAUAGUGACACCUAAAGUCGGGAAACAUAGGCAACAUAGUGACACUUAAAGUCGGGAAACAUAGACAACAUAGUGAAACCUAAAGUCGGGAAACAUAGACAACAUAGUGAAACCUAAAGUCGGGAAACAUAGACAACAUUGUGACACCUAAAGUCGGGAAACAUAGGCAAUAUAGUGACACUUAAAGUCGGGAAAUAUAUAGGCAAUAUAGUGACACCUAAAGUCGGAAAGCAUACACAACAUUGUGACACGUGAAGUCGGAAAGCAUAGACAACAUAGUGACACAUAAAGUCGGGAAUCAUAGGCAACAUAGUGUCACCUUUAAUCGGGUAGCAGCGCCUGAAAUCGAGGAGCAAAGACAACAUGGUGUCACCUGAAGUCGGGAAUCAAAGACAACAUGAAGUUAUAUAGCUCUGUCGUAACAAAAGCAAUUUAGUGAACCUACUAACUUAUACUUGAUUUUUACAAAAUAAAAUAAAAUUUAUCAUGAUUUUACUAAAGAUAAUUUUAGAAUCAAAGAAUUCUUCAAAAUAAGAAUAUUACAUACUAGUAAUUAAUACCGGCCAUAA